AUGUUGAAUUUUAUAUUGCUACAAAAUAGACAAGGAAAAACCCGGUUUUCCAAAUGGUAUAUAAACUGCAACGAAAUGAAACAAAAAAAAAUAGAAAGAGACAUAAAUAAAAUAUUAAUAAACAGAAGUAGAUCAUAUGCAAAUAUUUUCGUUUAUGAAAAUUUUAAGAUAGUAUAUAGGUUAUAUGCAGGACUUUAUUUUGUGGUAUGUAUAGAAAACGAGAAUGAAUUAUACAUCCUUGAGUUCAUUCAUUUUAUGGCUCAACUUUUAGAUACCUUUUUUACAAAUGUUUGUGAAUUAGAUUUGCUUUUUAAUUUUCAUUUUUUAUAUUAUUUUUUCGAUAAUAUAAUAUUGGGUGGAUAUAUAUAUGAAAUUAAUAGAAACAUUAUAUUAGAUAAAAUAAAUAAAAUAAAAAAGUUAAUAUGA